UAAAGAUGCCCUGAAAAUGGCGUUCCGUGUUUCUGUGAUCAUUGUUCAGAUGUGCGGUCUGUGUUGAUUAGCUUGCGUAUGAUCAUUCAUAUGGUAUGUGAAGAUUAUCCAGAAUGAUGAAGCAAAGCAAACAGAGGUGUACCAGUGAUCUGUUGCAUCACUGGGUUGAGAAAAAUGUGGUAGAUUAAAGUCAUUUUGCUAGAAAUGGCUGACUACCAUAUGUUAAAUGAUGGAGUGUUUGGUGUGGGAGGAAGUGAUAUCAUGGAAGAAACAGCAAAUUUGGUGAAUGCUGUCAGUUACAGUCAUUCUGGUUCUGUAAACACUGCAGGCCAAAGUAUGAUGUCACAAAGCAUUCCUGGUACACCUGGGCAAAAUCCAAAUGUGAUGAUGCAAGGUAUGGUGUCCAUGCAGCAGUCACAGACUGGAGCACCAUUAUCAGCUGGGGGCAUGACUUCAUAUCACCAAGGAGCAAUGCAUGGUUAUUCACAAAGUGAAGUGCCUCAAAAACUUCAUCAGUAUUCUGUUUAUGGUAGUCAGUUACAAGCUGGUGGCAUGGCUGGGCAAUAUGUUUCUGGUGGACCGAGACUGCAUCAUCUUAGCGAUCAUAUGUCAUCAAUGCCUGAUCAACCUCAGCAGUCCUCUCCAAGAACUGUUGUUCCAAAUCAAAUGUACCAGAAUCGAACCAUGACAGGUAGUCAUUAUGGUCAGCAAAUUUCUCAUAAUAAUGCAGCAUCAGCACAGAUGUCUCAGGGGGCAGCUCAGUAUCCAGGUCAUUAUGCUUCUGUUCAACAUCAUUCUAUGCCUCAACAUUCAGUACAGCAGGUUAAUCAGAAUGCAGAUUUGUGGCAGAAUUCAAUGACACAUUCUCAGAUGACACGUCCAUGCAUGCCUACGUCACAGAGUUAUUCUCAACAUCAAAUGGUGCCUAGCCAACACGGAGCCACUUCCUUAAACCAUUCUCCAAUGACUAUACAAGGUCAAAGGCCUUCUACUCCAAAUCAAAGCCAGUACAUGAGUAAUCAAGAAUAUGCAGCAUCUCAUGCUGCAUCCCAGCAGACUUCAAUGCAACGACCUCCUGUUUAUAAUAUGAAUUCUACAUCUGUGAAUCAGAAUGGUUCUCUGGUGGGGCAGAUGAACAAUACACCUCAGUCUGGUUUAUCUCAAAAUCUUAGUUCUAUUUCUCAAACUGAACAAGCUAUGACAUUUCCUCAGGGACAUUAUGGAACAUCUCAAACACCAAGUAAUAGGCCACAUUAUAGUACUACUGGUGCUGUUGGUAGCACUGUUGGACAUUCACCUCAACAGCAUGUGAUGGGUCAACAAAUGAUGAAUGUUAGGCCAUCUGUUCAUCAAAUGGGAUAUUCUCCUGUUUCUUCGCGUGUUAACUCAGGUCAACAGCAUACAAGUGCAGUUCCCCCUGGUAGUCCAGCAAGACUACAGCAGUAUCACCCUCCAUUUUCUCCUAAUCAAACGUACUCUGCUACGCAACCUUCUCCUAGACCUGCAAAUCCAGAAUCUGUUACUCCACCUCAUUUACAUUAUUCAAAUUCUCAACCACAUGUGCAAGCACCAAUGAGUCCACAAUAUCGAAGUCCUUUCCCUGCGCAAGUGACUCAUUCUCCGCAGCACUUAACUCCUACUCCUCCUGCUGAGGUUUCUGUGCCUCCACCUCUUACACCAGAGCGAGGUUUACAGUCGUCUACUCCUCAAUCUCAGGGAAGUUACCAUAGCCCUAGUACUACUCACUUAACAAGUCCAGGACAGGGCCAUUCUCCAGGGAAUUCAAAUGCUCCGUCCAGUUUGCAGCAUUUGGAACAGAUGGUUUUACCUCGUGUGAGCACAGGUCCUUCGACAACUCCUACAGCAUCUGCUGUAAGCCAGUGGUCUAUCUGCCCCGCCUUUUCUCAUGUAUCUCAGGCACAUUCUCACCAUACCUACCUUAACCAGCCACAUUCUGUGGCUCAGCAGCCAUCUUCUUCUGUGAGCAAUGUGCCAAAUUCUCAACCUCUUCAACCAAGUGUUCCAUCUGUUUCCACCUUGUCAAAUUCUAGUUUUCCUGCUGAUGAAAAUACACCUGUAGACUCUUCAGCAGCUUAUGGUUCAGACAAUAGUUCGGGUAUCCCCACUGUAAAUACUACCGAAGCAAAUGUUUCAAGAGUAACCAUGCCUGCAAAUGUUGGAUCUAUGCCAACCUCUGAUGCCAAGAGUCAGAUGAGUUGUGCUCCAAGUUCUGUAUCUGAUUCUAUGAUGGCCUCAUCCCAUCAAUACAACAUGCUUGGCAAGACACCCUACCAAGGAAGUUCAUCAUCUGUUACAUAUGAAAUGCAGCAGAUUCAACAAGAACUUCAGCAGUUAUAUGGCAUGCAUCAAAGUCCAGAAAUUCAUGAAAAA